AUGCUACUGACGACAAUGAAGCGGACGGAGGGGGCGAAGACGACGGAGAUGCGCGUGAGGGAGCUGGAGACGCGGAUGGAGCAGUUCGAGAGCGAGGUUCCGGAGCGCGGCUUGCUGGUGUUCCGCAGUGAGAACGGAGUGAAUCCGCGCAAUUUCGGGGCGGACGUGGAGUCCAAGAUGAUGCAUUUGUCCGAUGGCGCGUACUCCGCGGCCAACCCUUCCAACGCCUCCAGUCCGCCCAGCAGCGCGAGUGCGUCCGAUUCGAUGGAGGAUUCGCGGCUGAUUUCGGAGGUUUUGGAGCGCAAAAAGCGAGCGGCGGAGAGCAACGCGCAGCUCAAAACGCGCGCACAGAGGGAGCUCGAGGCGCUCCAGCGACAGCGCAUGUACAGGAGAACUACGGUGCGGGUGCACCUCCCAGACUCCACGGUGAUCCAGGCGUACUUUGCGCCCAGGGAAACCAUCGCCGAUGUCAUGGGGGUCGUCCGCAUGGUUCUCAUCGGCAGAGCGGAGAGCUUGCCGUUUUAUCUCUUCCGAACACCGCCUAAAGAACGAUUGGACCCGAACGCCACGCUGCGAAGUCUUAAAAUGGUACCGACGGCGCUGGUGUACUUGGCGUGGGAGGGAGCAACGCCGGGCGUGGAAUACGCUGAGUAUCUGAAUCUGGAGUUCUUCCGUGUGCCAGAGUCGAUCCCGCAGGCUGAUCGAGGAAGGUUGGUAGUAGGUGAAGACGAAGAUGAAGAGAAGAAAAAGAAAAGUAGCUCCGUUGGUAGUGUGUGA